GUGCUGGGCGGGGGGCAGAUUCUUGGGGUCCCUCUCCCACGCCUCCGUAGGGGAGAGUCAGGUAGAGAGAGAGGUUGGGGCCAAAGGCCCAGGCAGUGGGCGCCGUCGGGUAUUCAGAUGUUCUAUCUGCGCAGCUGACCUAAAACUCCUGGGGGAAAACGGAGGGAGGCGAAGGAAAGACCUGAGCGCAGGCCGCGGCCAGCGGUGACAGAGGCAAUGAGUGCCCGGGCCACACGGCCCCGAAGCCGUCGGGGGAGGCACCCUCAGCCCGGGGAGCUGGACCCAGUGGCCGAGAGCUCAGAGGAGGUGGAGGCCACCGGUGGGAGCUGCGAGGCCAAACCUGGGCUACUUCAGGAGCAGCGUGGUCCUGCCCUGCGGAGCCCAGGGAGCCGCUCACUGCCGGCUCACCCUUCCCAGGGGCCUGGGGCAGCCCUGAAGCCUCCGCUCAGACUCAGGCGGCUGCGGGUCCUGGGUUGUCUUUCCAGCCCCGAGGAUGAUUGUGGCGUGGGAUCCCGUGGGGCCCUCGCCUUGAAGUCAAAGGCGGAAGGCCGCUGCCUGCAGGCAGCCCCCCUGGAUACCAGCCCUGUUGCGACAUCGGCACCCAGUGUGUUUGAGACCCUGCAAAGCAGGCUGAGCUCCCUUGAGGCCACUGUGGCCGCCUGGCGCCGGCGCUCCCUAAGCUUUCCAAGGCCAUCGGAAAGAGAAGACGGAGACCAGGUGGCCUUGGAGCCCUUUGGUGAUCAGGAAGAAGGCAGGCCUGGACAGCACGAGGCAGCUCGCCUCAGAGAGAGGAACGCUUGGCUGCGCUUGGCCCUGGGCAGCCGCGAGGACGAGCUGCUUUGCACGCAGGCUUCGCUGCAGGAAGCCCAGGCGGAGAAGGAGAUUCUGCAGAGACAGGCGCAGGAGCUGGAGGACUCCCUGAGGCAGCUGGAGGCCUCCCAGGCUGCUCCCCUCCUCAGAGCAGGGCAUACCAACAGCAGCUCCAGCAGCUCUACAGCAGAAGGGGAGCCCUGGGUGCCUCAGAGUGACUCUAACACCCAGACCUUUGGGUGCAUUUCCACACAGCGUUCAGCCCCCAAGAGGCACCUCAUGGAAGACCAGAUGGAGCAGCUCCAGGGGAGCAUUGAGAAGUUGAAGUGCUUCAAUCACCUCCUGCUGGCUGUGCUCCAGGGCUACAAGGGCCGCUGUGAGAGCCUCAGCAUGCAGUUGGGCCAGCGGGAGGCUGAGGCCACAGCCCUGCGCCUGGCCCUGCAGUAUAGUGAGGAUUGUGAGGAGGCAUGUGGGGUGCUGCUUGCUCUGAAGACGGCUGGCUCAGGAGCUGGAGUCCCCAAGAGUGACCUGCAGGCCACUGAGGAGGAGGCAGCCCGGCUGCUGGUGCAGAAGGAAGCAGCUCUGGAUGGAAAGGCACCCCAGCCCAGCCCAGAGGGCAGCAGUGUGGACAAGCCUACACCACAGGAACUGGCUGCUCGGCUCCAGGGCUAUGUCCAGCAUCUCCGGGAACGCUGGGCUCUGGUGAAGAUCCCCCCACCGAUGGGCCCUGCCGCUGCACCCAGGCCCACUAUGCCCCAUGCAGAAGCAACAGUGCAGGCCAUCCUGGAGAUACAGCCUGGUCCAGCCCUGCCCCGGCUAGAGAAGUCUCAGAUCCAGCAGAACCUGGUGGCUCUUCGGGACAGUCUGGCGGACCUGGUGCUGCGGCUGCAGCUGGCGCGGCGGGAGAAGCGGGGGCUGGAGCUGCGGGAGGCGGCGCUGCGGGCCCAGGGCCCCGCCCACCUGCUGCUCCUGCAGCAGCUUCGCUGGGAGCGGGCUCAGCUGGCGGGCGACGGCAGCAGCGGCGGCAGCAGCGAGGACCCGAGCAGCGAGGACGAGGGCGAGGACGAGGGCCAGCAGCUCUGCCAGGGCCCUCGUGUCCUCCCUGGUGGCCAGCCGGGCAGAGCGUGGGACUCGGAGACCUUGUCCCAGGAGCUGUCCGCAUCCCUGGCGCGCGCGGCGGAGCUGCGCGCACAGCUGCGGUCGCUGCGGCGGCGGCUGGAACAGACGGCUCAGAAGGGACGCAGCCGGCGCGCGCAGAGCGCGGAGCUGGGCCGAGAGCUGUGCCGGGCUCACAGCUCCCUGGUCUUGGCCUUCCGAGGAGCCCACCGGAAGCAGGAAGAGCAACGCCGGAAGUUGGAGCAGCAGGUGGCUCGGAUGCAGGCCCAACAGGCAGAGGAGCUCUCAGAGUUGGCAGCCACGGCCAGAGCCCUGGGGAGCCUCGGGGCUCUCCAGCCUGGCCAGACCUUGCUGUAGGAGCAGACCAAGCUGAUGUGUAACACAGGGGUGGCAGGCGUCAUGACGAACCGUCCUGAGACACCGAUGCCUCAGCGAAAGGGCCGCCGUGGCUCCUGCAGAGGACCCGGGUUCAGUUCCCAGCCCCAGCAGCCACAGGCGCUGUAACUCCAGCCAGGAGGACCUGUCGCCCUCCCCCGGCCUCUGCAGCAAUGCACACAUGCGCACACUCGUGAUUAAACAGAAGUGCGCUGUCGUGACGUCGAA